AUGGCUGAAGCCGCAAAGACCGAGAAUCCCAUGAAGGAGCUCCGCAUCCAAAAGCUGGUUCUCAACAUCUCCGUCGGAGAGUCUGGUGACAGACUUACCCGUGCUGCUAAGGUGCUCGAGCAAUUGAGCGGUCAAACUCCCGUCUACAGCAAGGCCCGCUACACCGUCCGAACCUUUGGUAUUCGUCGUAACGAAAAAAUCGCUGUCCACGUCACCGUCCGCGGACCUAAGGCUGAGGAGAUCCUGGAGCGUGGAUUGAAGGUCAAGGAAUACGAGCUCCGCAAGCGUAACUUCUCUGAGACUGGUAACUUCGGUUUCGGAAUCAGCGAGCACAUCGAUCUCGGUAUCAAGUACGACCCCGCGAUCGGAAUUUACGGAAUGGACUUCUUCUGCUGCAUGACCCGUCCUGGAGAGCGUGUUGCCAAGCGCCGCCGUGCGAAGACCCGUGUUGGAUCUGCCCACAAGAUCAAGCGUGACGAGACCGUCAAGUGGUUCAAGAACCGCUUCGAGGGUAUCGUUAGGUAG